ACACCAUCUCUGUCAACUCAUCAGCAACACGAUCAAGUCAGUUGCAGAGGAUUCACUGAGCAGUAGGUAAAAUGGAAAUGGCAGAUGAUGUCUAUGAUACUUCUGAGGACUACAACUACAUUGAAGACAACUUUACCGCUAAAGAAGAGCAUGUUUUUCAGCAUCAACCAACAUGUUUAAAAGAAGUCCAGUGUGUGUCCCUGAUUGCAGUUAGCGUGGUCAUUUUUCUGCUGGGUCUCUGCGGUAAUGCUUUGGUCAUCUGGAUCACUGGUUUCAAAAUGAAAAAGUCAGUCAACACCACGUGGUACAUGAGCCUUGCCAUCUCCGACUUUGUCUUCUGUGCCUUCCUCCCAUUGAGUAUCGCCCACAUGGCACUUGAGGAUUGGAUCUUUGGUCAUUUCAUGUGCAAGUUUGCCUCUUCGUUGAUGUUCAUCAACAUGUUCAGCAGCAUUUUCCUCCUUGUUGUUAUUAGUGUGGACCGCUGUGUGUCAGUCAUGUUUCCAGUUUGGGCCCAGAACCAGCGUACCAUUCAAAAGGCAUCAGUUGUAGUUGUCCUGGCCUGGCUUCUUGCCAUUGGCUUAAGCAUCCCCUCCAUGAUCUUUCGAGAUGUUAGGAGCCACCUGGGUAGAAACAUUUGCUUCAACAACUACUCACAAUAUCCAGACAGUCACAAGACGGUAGCAGUGAGCCGCUUCAUUGCGGGCUUUAUUGUUCCUUUUACCGUCAUUAUUUUCUGCUACUCGAUCAUCAUCGUCAGGCUUCGUAACAACAAGAUGACAAAAUCCUCCAAACCCUUUAGAGUGAUGACUGCACUCAUCGCUGCUUUUUUCAUCUGCUGGCUCCCCUACCAUGUGUUCAUUCUACUUGAACUGAAACACCAAUACUAUGACCACAGCAUUUUAGCGACUGGACUCAAAAUAUGCACAUCUUUAGCAGCAGCAAACAGUUUCCUUAACCCUGUGCUGUAUGUGUUCAUGGGCAAUGACUUCAAGCAGAAGUUCAAGAGCUGUCUACUCGCCAGGAUGGAGAAUGCAAUGGGAGAGGAAGGCCGCACUAUCAGCCGAUACCUGUCCAGGUCCAGCUCCAUGGACGGCAGAGCUUCCACACACAUUUAGAGCCUCAUUUUACAUGAUGACAUGACCCUCUAAAUGUCUAUAGAUGGUGUAAAUGUAAAUGUAAAUAUGAUCACUUUGUUGCAGUAUUUCACUGUUGUCAGCAGAGUCAAUAUGUAAAUAUGUGGUCAGCGCUUUGGACAAUGGGAGAUCAUUUUAACUUCAGCACAGACAAAGGAACUUUAGUUGUAGAAUAUGAAGUGUAAAAUACAAUCUAUAUCUGUGUUACUAAACAUGUUAAAUCUAGCAUUAUCGUAGUGGCUGAAAAUACAGUUGGCACACUGUCAAAAUAAUUUUGCUUCUAUUUGUCAGACAUGCUGGGAAUUGUUACAUUUUACAAAUAUUUCUGAUCCCAAAUAGCAGAUGCAUUCAAAACCAGUGCUGUGCCAUUUAUUUUUUUAACUGUGAAACGCAUAAAAGGGGAUGUUGGAAUUCAGUGGCAAUUCAGUUUUAGCAGAAAAUGACAUGUUUGGAUUUAGUUCAGUAUGGCUAAAUUAAAUGCAGCUAAUUUUUAAUGUAGUUUAAUUGUUAGUUUUUCCCCUGACUUCUGAACUUAAGUCAUUGUCAUGCUACUGGAUAUAAAAGACAGGUAAUGGAAACAUUAUAAGUGAAGUAAGUCAUAUGUAUAUAUAUAUAUAUAUAUAUAUAUAUAUAUAUACAUAUAUAUAUGUGUGUGUGUGUGUGUGUGUGUGUGUGUAUUUUCUUUUGUGCACAUAGUACUUAAAAACUUUCCAUCACCAAAUUAAAAUAAAGUGCUUUAAUUUAAAUUUAUUAUUGUUACAACUUUUAUGUAUAUUUGACCAAAGCUUCUAUUGUAGGUUGAACGCUUGUGUUUGCUUUGAUCUGCUUUGAACAGGAGUUCAGUGGAGAAUGUAACCAUCUAUGAACUCAGUAAGACCAGCUGUUUUCAUUGGUUAAUAAAACCAAGCUGUUGAAUGGAUCUGUAUAUAAGAACUUUUAUGUAUGAGAGGUGUAAAUUUGGUUCAAUAAAUUCUUGAAUCACUGAGUGAAAA